GGAGAAACUCAAACAAUUGCAAAAGAAUGAAAUAUUCGAUAUCCUGGAAUGGAUGAAAUAUUGCACUCUGGAUAUAAUUGCAGACAUAGUAGUCGGAGUUGCUCUACAUUCUCAGACUACGAACGAACAAGAAUACGUGUCCGCAAUACAGAGAACUGUGAAAAAUACUUUUGAAUUGAUUACAAAUCCUUUGUACUGGUUUUCCCCAAUUUUUUUCAUGAAGAAAAUAGGAAAAAAUUACAAGAGAGACGUUGAAAUAAUUCAUCGUUUCCACGAAAAGGUGUUCAAAAGAAAAAAAGAGAAUUAUAUGAAAAAAAUGCAGCAGCAACAUUCCUUAGACAAAAAAACACAUAAUGAAGAGGAACCAAAGAUCAAAACAAAACAGCGUGUUAUUGAUUCAUUGUUGGAUCUUCAUGUCAAACAAGGUUUAAUGUCGGAAGAAGACGUUAUCAGAGAUAUGGAAGGCUUUAUUUUUGCGGGUUACGAUACAACCUCUAACGUUAUGUCAUGGACUCUUUAUUUCCUGGGAAGAUUCCACGAAAUACAAGAGAAAGUGUAUCUAGAAUUUCAAGAAAUUUUCAAAAAUGAUAUGAAAAGAGAUAUCACUAUCGAUGACCUGACGAAAAUGACGUACUUAGAAUGCGUAAUUAAGGUAACUUUUUACUUUCUUUAAUACAUUCAAGGAUUAGUUUUAUAUGUUACAAUUUUUAGGAGUCGAUGAGA